AUGACCUGCGUGCGCACAGCGCCCUCGUCGCGCGCAGAGGACCAACAACCCCGCCCUUAUCCCCGUCCACGCCAACAGCGGAAACCCCUCUCCGCCGACCCUGCUUUGGACUCGAUUGGUGCGGUCUACGUGGGAUGGGGCAACGGAAAGAGGGAUCCGGCACCGCUGUGUUGUCCUGUACAGGCAAAGGCGAGUUUGGUCAAGCGCUUUGGAGAGGCCGCGGUGGGUUGGUUGUCGGUUGCGCCGCAAAUACCCCAACCGAGACCCGUGCCCAUACAGUCGACAUCCUUCUCCUCCUCGACCUCGGCUUCGCAACGCCUCACGACUCUCCCGCUCGGUUCUCUCCCGCCUCUCCCUCCCCUUCGUCCACCUUUACCUAAAACGUCAGCCGCGACUCCCCUCCGCUCGUCGUCGUCCGCCUCGCCCGCUCCUCAACCUUCUUCCUCCUCCUCCUCACGCUCCUCCCUCGCCGGCUUCUCGACAAGUCCCCCAAUAUCAUACACGACCUCCACUCCUCCCGAAUACUCCUCCUCCUCCUCGCGCGACUCGCCGCCUUUACUAUUCGAAGAAGCCUGCCAAACCGGAUUCGACGAUACCACCCUCGCUCUUCCACUCGUCGAGUCUCGUCCUGCGUCUCCAAAAUUCGCGCCUACGACUAUCCCAACUGCGCAACCACCCUUCUUCUCCCUUGCGCUCUCCACAGUCCUCGAAGAUCUCUCCCCCUCUUCAGGGACAGCGGAGUUCGUGCACGUCAAGAGGGAGGAAGACGAGUUGAGUGAAGCGCUGUGGAGCGCAGGGGAAGAUCCGUUGGGCAAUUGCGCGGCGACGGAUGUAAUGAGCGAGGCGAGUUGGGCUUGGUGA